CGAUAGCCUCCCGCCAGCAGUCAGCAGUGUGUAGCCAGAACGUUUCAAAGAUAAACCAUUUGUUUGUGUUUUCACACAUUUUUAGUAUCAAAAUGGCUGCUCCUAGCGGGAAAAGCGACAACUUUCGACGAACAUGGGACAAAGAAGAGUACGAAAAAAAGGCUAAAGACAGAUUGAAAGAAGAAGAGGAAGGAGAAAGCUCUAUAGAGAAGCGUAACGGACCCCCGGUCAAACGAGAACUUUUGAAGAAGCGUGACUAUGAGGUGGAUUUGGAGACUAACUUGGGCAAAUCUAUCGUUAUCACUAAAAGUUCUUCUAUGUCACAGACUGGUGGAUAUUACUGCAAUGUUUGUGACUGUGUUGUUAAGGACUCUAUAAAUUUUCUAGACCACAUUAAUGGCAAAAAACACCAGCGUAACAUGGGAAUGUCUAUGAGAGUCGAGAGGUCUUCGCUCGACCAAGUCAAACGGAGAUUCGAAACAAAUAAACGAAAAAGAGAGGAGGAAAAAAAGAAAACGGAAUACGAUCUUGAGGAGAGAAUGGCUAUUCUUAGAGACGAGGAGGAGCAAAGGAAGCUUCAAAAGAAAGAAGCCAGAAAGGAAAAGAAGAAAAAAGUGUCCCAUGAGUUGAGCGAAGGACUUGACCCAGAGAUGGCCGCUAUGAUGGGUUUCUCAGGGUUUGGUUCAACUAAACAGUAAAUGGAAUCAUACACUUGGUCGAAAGACGUCAGUAACCCUCAUGCCGUCAAGAUAUUAUAGAUUUAUCAUUUGUUUAACCCUGAUCCCAUCAGAAUACUUGGCGAUAGAACAUCUAUUUCCAUCAUUCAUUGGUCUCUUUUUGCUGUUAUAUAUACAAAAUUUGUGGGUUUCCUGGGUCAAUUUUUUCCAACAUUCUUGCAGUUAUCAGUCAGAGUUUACAUAGUAAUUUAUUUUCCAUUUUUUAUUUAGCAAUAUUCUUGUUUGUUGUUCAUAAAGCCCCGUGCAAACAGGAGAGAUAGUAGUAUUGCUCGACUGACUUGUGCUCAGUCAAGCUCAUCCAGCAAUGCUGGAUGCUGGUACUGAUUGCAUGGGUCUUGUUGCAUAUUCCAGAGCUGCCAACCAAUAGAAAAGUGAGAUAAUUUAAUUAAAACAUAUAAGAAAGUGAAUGUCUGAAAAAUAGAGAAAUCUGUACAACGGAUACAUACGUUGUUAAGAGGGUGGAGGAUGGUGGAAGCAAGUUUGCGAUGGUUUUGUUGUGACACAAAGAGUGUGUGCUGUUGUGAUAUGCGGUUUUUAGACAAAUAAAUACAAAAAGCCCAAA